AUGAUUGAGGCUUCGUCACCGUUGGCGGCCAUGCAGCCUCCUACAUUCGUGGGCCACUGUGGCUUCAGAGCAGAUGCUCCCACAUCGUACGCCUCCUUUGCGGCGGCCAAAUCGUUCGGGACAAACAGCUUCAACUUCAGAGACCUGUCGAUGAAGAGGUCAAUACAGAAGUCCCAGUCAGACUAUUUCAGCCUUCAACCUGUACGAGGCUCUUCGCCCACCGCAAGCCUGGCUGCCGAUCUUUCACAAAACUUUCAUAUUGAUCAGAGUCCGCAAUUACCCACGCCUCGGAGGGCACUCUUUCCUAGCAGCAUGUUUGCAGCCCACGACGGCCAGCGAAAUCUAACCACGCCUCCUAUACCGUCGUCCUCUCCCGGAACCCUUGAUUCAAUGGACGUCGACCUCUCGCCGCUGCCACACAAGACCCCCUUCUGUACAGCGGUCGAGAUACAGCUGCAGUCCCCCACCCCAGAACCAACUCCUUCUGAUCCUUCUUUGUUAUCCAUGCCAUCUCCACCGUCCACAGACAGUCCUAUGGACGCUCUGCUCCUCAAUCUCAGUCAGGAACGACGAAAGCCGGGGCCUCUCCGACCUUCUUUAUGUAGAGCUAAGGGCUUCAGUACUGGAAACGUUCCACAGAGACCUGCACCCGAGAGCCAGCUUCCGUCUUUCAAGUUCGGGCACUACCCAAAUAAACCCGCGACCUCAUCGUCACUGUCAUUAUCGGAGAUAUUCGCAGACUCGCCGCCACCGGAAAAGCAACCGCCGCGUCUUGGAGCUGCCGCCUUCGCUCCUCCACGCUCUCGCCAGGGCUUAUGUGGAGUUGGCCACUCGUCUCGUAAUGGAUCACCUAUUGGGGGCCAUAUGAGGAAGAGCUCCAACCCCUUGGUGAGACCUCGAAAGCAAUUUCGCCGGUCUUUGAGCAUGUUUGAGCACCCGGAAGAUGUGAUGAAACAAGAAAAAGAACGUCUGAGUCCUCCACCUCCGUUGCUACCCUCAAUCAUGGACAUUGAAGCACCGCACACUCCUCAGUUGCCCCACUUCACGCCGAGUGAGGUUGGCGCGUUGCCACGGAUAACAAAGGAGACCAUGGUCGACGUACUUGACGGCCGCUUCAACCAUUUAUACGAGAAGCGCGUCAUCAUUGAUUGCAGGUUCGAGUACGAAUAUAACGGCGGCCACAUCGACGGUGCUAUAAAUUUUAACGACAAGGAACAACUAUCCUCACAACUUUUUGAUGUCGAACCGACUUCCAAGGCACUUCUCAUUUUUCACUGCGAAUAUUCCGCUCACCGUGCUCCGCUUAUGGCCAAAUAUAUCCGCAACAAGGAUCGUGCUGUCAAUGCCGAUCGUUAUCCUGCUUUGACGUAUCCUGAAGUCUAUAUCUUAGAUGGCGGUUAUAGCACAUUCUUCAAGGAUUACCGGGCGCGGUGUUAUCCACAGAACUAUGUUGAGAUGGACGCAAAAGAGCAUGUUCUCGAUUGUGAACGCGGUCUCGGGAAAGUGAAACAACGAUCCAAGCUUGUUAGAGCUCAGACGUUUGCUUUUGGCCAACACUCUCCUUCGAUUGACUCUAGCCCGACGGCCAUGGGUCGAGCUCAUCCGGACAGCGAUAUGGAUCUGGACAUGGGCCUUGAAUAUACCCCUGUUGCUGGACCAAGGCCUGGCCUUGAUGCUCUCAGGGGUCGAAAUCACCGAAUGCUUUCAUAUUAG